AUGGAUUCGAGUAAACGUCCACACUCACCUUACUCUUCACCACGUAACCCUCCUCGUCAGUCACCUUCACCUGGGCCAACUCAAGCUUCAAUUUCCAUGAAAGUAGGGAGGUGUUCGAGCGAUACAUUUGCCCUGACAAAUUAUCUAUUCGUUAGCCCCAAAGAUUUUUCCCCUAAUGUUCGAUAUGUAAUUAUCGACGAUCAAUUCGUUUUUAGCAUUAAGUUAGAUGAUAAUCAAUCUCCUCGUCUAAUAGGAACGACUAUGAUGCAUCGACGAUGGGCUUCUUUAUCUUUGAAUCAAGAAGUUUCAGUUGCACCAUAUGACCCUGCUUAUGAAAGUCCAUAUCAUUAUUUAGGAAAAAUUGAACUGGAAGUAGGAUUUCAUCGUAAGCAUCAAGAUAGUAAAGAACAUUUUGAUACGGAUGAAAUGUCAAGGAUAUUUUGUCAGUCAUUCAAUGGUCAAAUCUUUUCUAACGGCCAGCACCUUAUCUUUGAUUUUCAUGGUGUUAAUCUGACGAUUGUUAUAAAGAAUAUACUUCACGUAAUUGAUUCUUCAGAAUUACAAAGAAAUUUUACAGGAGAAAAUUUAUCAAGUCAAGAAAUCCUACGCAGUGGAAUGCGUGGUAUUUUAACUCCACAAACAGGAAUUCAUUGGACGAAAGACGCAGACUCUUCAAUUCGAUUACAAGGUUCAUCGAAAAGUACAGCUUCCAAUGCUAUUAUUCAACCGGAUUUCAAAUUUGAAGAUAUGGGGAUUGGUGGUUUAGAUACUGAAUUUAGCGCCAUAUUUAGACGUGCCUUUGCCUCGAGAAUAUUUCCUCCAAGUUUAGUGGAAAAGCUCGGAAUACAACAUGUUAAAGGUAUUCUCCUUUAUGGACCACCCGGUACGGGUAAAACGUUAAUGGCACGGCAAAUCGGCAAAAUGCUUAACGCCCGUGAACCUAAGAUUGUUAACGGUCCUGAAAUUUUAAAUAAAUAUGUUGGUCAAUCUGAAGAAAAUAUACGUAAAUUAUUUGCUGAAGCGGAAAAAGAGUAUAAAGCAAAGGCUGAGGAUUCUGGGCUUCAUAUCAUCAUCUUUGAUGAACUAGAUGCUAUUUGUAAGCAACGUGGAGGCAAGAGUGAUGGAACGGGAGUGGGAGAUAGUGUUGUAAAUCAAUUGUUGGCCAAGAUGGAUGGUGUUGAACAGCUAAAUAAUAUUUUAAUCAUCGGAAUGACUAAUCGAUUGGAUUUGAUUGACGAAGCGUUAUUGCGUCCAGGUCGUUUAGAAGUACAUAUGGAAAUCGGUCUUCCUGACGAGAAUGGUAGACUUCAAAUAUUGAAUAUUCAUACAUCUAAGAUGAGACAAAACGACAUCAUGGAUUCCGAUGUUGAUUUAGAAGAACUUGCUAGUUUGACAAAGAAUUUUAGUGGUGCUGAAAUUAAUGGGCUUGUUAAAAGUGCCAGUUCAUUUGCAUUUAAUCGACACGUUAAAGUAGGAACACUUGCUGGCGUAACACCAGAUAUGGAAAAUAUGAAAGUCAAUAGAAAUGAUUUUUUAGCGGCAUUAGACGAAGUACAUCCCGCGUUUGGGGUCAGUGACGAAGAAUUACAACAAUGUGUACAUAACGAGAUUAUCAAGUUUUCUUCUAAUAUUGAGAGAAUAUUAUCAGAUGGACAACUUUACAUUGACCAAGUUAGAAAAAGUUCUAGAACUCCACUUGUCAGUGUGCUUUUGCAUGGGCCUCCGGGUUGUGGUAAAACGGCUUUGGCAGCUACUAUGGCGAUGUCAUCCGAAUUUCCGUUUAUUAAAUUAAUCUCACCGGAAAGUAUGGUGGGAUACUCGGAGUCAGCUAAGAUGAACGCAAUUAAUAAAGUAUUCAAUGAUUCGUACAAAUCACCCUUAAGUGUUAUCGUUAUAGAUAAUAUUGAGCGACUUCUUGACUGGGUUCCAAUUGGACCUAGAUUCUCAAAUUCUGUUUUGCAAACGUUAUUGGUUUUGCUUAAAAAAAGACCACCUAAAGAACGUCGUCUUUUAAUAUUUGCGACGACAAAUGAAAGAUCGGUACUUGAGCAAAUGAAUAUGUCCGAUUGUUUUAAUUCGGAGAUUUAUGUUCCAAAUAUCGUAGAGUUAUCUUUCGUGGACUUCGUACUUGAAGAGUUAGCUUUAUUUAAUGAUGAUGAGAGAAAUCGAGCUUUAGGUGCAUUGCAACAAGAUGGUUUCAAUUUAAAUAUUGGAAUUAAAAAGCUUUUGAUGAUAAUUGAGAUGAGUCGGCAAGAUGUUGAUAAAGUUGACAAAUUUGUUAGUACUAUUAUGGGAUUGUAA